GUUGGUUUAGAAAAUAACACGACAAUUUAAAAUUGAGCAAAAUAAACUUAAAAAUAGUGUCAUGUUGAAUAAUAUAUUCUAUCUGACUUUUUGGAUAUCUAUUUGCAAUUACAAAGCAUUUGGCUGUCCCCUUACAGUAACUCAAUAUAAAAGACCUAGACAUUAUGUCACUAUUCAGUUUCAAGCAAUAACGAAGAACACUGAAGAUUCUACUCUAUCUGUAACCAAUGAGAUAUUGUCUAAUACAGGCUCUAAAUUACUAAUAGCACUGUAUAGAAAUUCAACCAGUUUAUACAUAGGUAACUGUACUGGUUGUACGUUUACUGGUAAUGCUGCUACUGGAGAUCUCGCUAUUAGACUGGACAACCUACACCAAUCAGAUGGAGGAACAUACAAACAUGCGGUGACUCAGGCUAGCCGGGAAGUAAAAGAAUGUGUCGUUGUCUACAUCUUAGGUCAACCAACAAAGCCUAGUAUCACCAUUAACAAAUUACCAUUUGAAGGAGAGACUGCGAUAUUGACAUGUAUCAGUAUAUCAACUACAACACCUCGAGACCCAAAUCUUAGAAUUGUGUACAACUGGAAUAUUGAUAAUAAUAACAUUCCAAGUGACUCAAGACAUACAUACUCAAAUACAAGGAACAAGUUGACAAUUUCUAACAUUAGUAGAAAUGAUGCCAACAAAAACUUUACAUGUGCAGCAAAGGAAGAUCUCGGUAAUGCCUAUACAUCUACUAUCAGUGAUCCAUUAAAAAUAGAUGUUUAUUACAAGCCAGACACUGGACCAUUGAUUCAGAGUUCAAGUAAGCUUUUUGGAAAUAACACAAUAUUUCGUGCCAUUGGAACUAGACAACAAACACUUGAUUGUUCAGUUACUGGUGGAUAUCCUUCACCAUCACUAUCAUGGGCGUGUUUUAUGGGAACCGUGCAGGAUUUGAGUUCUGGACAGACAAUAACAAAGAGAUGGACUUGGACAGCAUCAACAAAUGGCACAUGUAAAUGUACAUCUAUACAAAUGGGUGCUGCAAGUGAGGUUGUUCUAAACGUCAGACUUUUAUUACCACCUACAUCUCCAGAGCUCCAGCUAAAUUCACAAAAUGUUCAACCAUCCAGUACAGUUAAAAUUAUAAGAGACAGCACGAAGCCAAUUAUUUGCUCGUCUACAAGUGUUCCCCUACCAGAAUAUAAAUGGACAUACAAUGGACAAACAACAGAAGUUAGCCAAGACGCAACACUAAAUCCUUCUCAGGUUACAAGAAAUGGUAUUUAUUACUGUAAUGCACAAAACAGAAUGACGCCGUCUCUUGGCAGUACAGAAACUGGAAAUAGCUCUGCCUUUAUUGACAUUCAAAUAUUGUCCCCGCCAUCUAAACCUGAGCUGAGAUAUCAUGACCGAAGUGGAUCCGUUAUAACUGGACGUUUUAAAGUUGUUAGAAGAGAUAACUUUAACCUGUAUUGUUCAUCAACUGGGAACCCGACUGCAAAUUACCGAUGGACAGGAGAUGGAAGAACAAUCAGUGACCAAGUUAUAGCUGUUUCAUCUAUACAACAAGAUAGAAGUUACACAUGUAAAGCAACCAAUACAAUGAAUCCUACAAAUGACGCUAAUGUAACACGAACUUCUACAUCGACUGUGUCUGUUAGCGUUUUAUCUCCAGUAACAAGUCCUACAAUAGAAUAUCACUACAGCCAGUCAGAAAGGACACCAGUUACCUCAACAUUGAAAGCCAUUAAAGGGAAGUCAUUCAGUGUAUCAUGUUCAUCUACUGGAAUACCAACACCUACACUCUCGUGGUCAGGUCAGAUCUUUUCAAAUACCAACAAAUUGGCCAUUACUUCUAUUCAAAGUAAUGCAACAUACGUUUGUACAGCUAGUAAUUAUAUGAACAGAACAUUUGGAACGAAAGAAAUAGUGACAAUCACAUCUGACCUUCAUAUGGAAAUUCUAUACGGUCCAUCUGUUAAACCAUUUAACAUUGAGCCGGUUGUUGAGGGAUCCACACUAUCUGUUGAAUGUAAAGCUGAUCCUGGUAAUCCCGCUUGUAUGACAUACUCAUGGAGGAGAAAAUUAAACAGUUCAUCUAUGAACAAUUGGCAAAUUAUACCAGAUUCUAUUAUCUUUGUCAAUGAAGGUAAACUUGUCAAACAAAACAUUAAUAGAAAUGAUGCUGGAACAUACAAUUGUACUGCAUCAAAUGUUAUGAAACCAACUGCUGAAAAUCAACAAAUAGGAUCAAGUUCUCGGACAUUCCUUCUUGAUGUUUUGUAUGAAACAUCUAUAAUGAGUUUUUUUGAAGUCAGUGAGCCUACAAUGACUGACGUCACAAAACAUGAGAACUCUUCAAUCAACCUUCAAUGUACAGUUGAUAGCAAUCCAGGUUCUACAAUUGCUAUAUUGAAAAGUAGGGAGAAUAUUGCAUCCGUGGUCAAAGCAAAGCAAAUUUCCUAUAAGAAAGAAAAGAUAUCAUGUGAUGCUGCCGGGCUAUACACUUGUGUCGCCUACAAUGAUUAUAAUGGUGAAACUAGACCAUCAAAGGAACUGCGCCUGUAUGUGACAUGUAAACCGAAUCCACCAGAAAAUGUUAACUACCUUGAUGGUUCAUUAGAACAAACAUUAGUCAUUAUAACGUGGAAACCGGGAUUCCAUGGAGGCCUAAACCAAACAUUUCAUGUCACAUAUAAAAAACAGAGUGACUCAAGCUGGAAAGAAAUAACGAUACCAGAUAAGGGAACCACACGAAUGAAUGUUACACUUUUCGGUCUUGAACCAGGCACAUCCUAUGUCUUUCAAAUGUUUUCAAGAAAUCCUGAGGGAAGCAGUGAUGUUACAGAAAUAUUAACAUUUACAACAAGAGGAAAAACAGACGAACCUGGAAUAAAUGCAGCAUUGAUUGGAGGAUUGCUUACUGGUUCAGUUAUCGUUAUUGCUGUUGUCGUUGUUUUUAGUGUUUUCUUGAGAAGAAAAUACUGGAAAAAAGGAAUUCAAAGAGACAGAAGUGAAAGCAGACAUAGCGGUAACGAUGCUUACACAGACUUACAAGAUAUGCAAAGUGGUAUACACAUAUACAAUGACUUUGACUACGUUAACACGGCACACGAUCACAGUUCAAGUGAAAACGACACAAAUGUGUAUACAGUGUUAGAGCCGAAUGUCGAUGAAAAUAAGGAGCAUAUCUAUAAAAAGUUAGAACUGAAGUCUACGCCAAAUGACGGUCAACACGUUUACGAAAACCUUUAGUUACAUUAUUGCAAUCGCAAUAUUUCUUCGCAAUUUUGCCUACAAAUCUUCUACUUGGAGGAUUCACCUUCAAUUUUGUAUCCCGCAUAUUUUCAACAUAGCGACGAUAGUGGAUAUUGUGACGUAACGACGCAGUCUUGGAUCUACACUCUGUAGACAGUACAGAAUCGAUCUUCCUGCUUUGAAUGGGCCACAUCUGGAGAUUGUGACGUAGAGACCCCACAUCCACAGUCUUGGAUCUACACUCUGUAGACAGUACAGAAUCGAUCUUCUGCUUUGAAUGGGCCACAUCUGGAGAUUGUGACGUAGAGACCCCACAUCCACAGUCUUGGAUCUACACUCUGUAGACAGUACAGAAUCGAUUUUCUGCUUUGGAUGGGUCACAUCCCGAGCAUCAGUGUAUUUAUUUUAAGUUAAGCCACCGGGACAAAGUGACAUAGUGUUAUUCGACAGGACACGGAACUUUUAUUUAAUUUGUUUUCUCAUUCAUUCAUUUAAUUUCAUUUAUAAAUAAUCAUUUAUUUUUGUAAAUAUACUGUUAAAUAGU